AUGGAGGGCAGCCCUCGACGCCUUCCCUCCGUGGAGCCGCCAGAGAGCUUCCAAGGCACGAGGCUGCCAUCCAGGACAGCCUCCGAGGAGGAGAUGGCCAGCACCCUGGCCAGGGGCUUGGCGCGGCGGCAGCGGCAGCCAGCCGGCAGCGGCGGCCAGCCCUCAGCUUCAGGCCCCGGCGCCGGCCCACCCGUGCAUCUCGUCUUCCACCGCGAGGUCACCCUGGAUGUGGAAGAGGCCGUCCACGCAAUCGUGCACAUGCAGCCGCUGCCCGCCUCCCCACGCUCAGCCCCUCCAACCGCGCCCGCCGACCAGCAGGCUGCCCCGCCGGCCAGCCCUCAGUGGCAGGUGGUGAGGGAGGUGGGCUGGCAGCAGGACAGCGAGGCGGCUGGCAGUCCCGGCAGCAGCUUCUUCUCAGCAGCCUCGGCAGCCUACUCGGCCGGCAGCGGCAGCGGCAGCACCAGCAACGGCACCAGCUCACCUGUCCCCACUGGCCCCCAGGCCGAGCCCCUCACCAGGGAGCAGCUGCACCCGGCGGUACCACCUCCACCACGCCCGGGAGCCGCCGCUGAAGCCCCAGCCCCUGCAGCGUUGCCCGCAGCUGGCAGUGCGGGCGUGGCGGCACCUACGCCCCAGGACAGGCAGCAGGAGCAGGAGGCCGGGCUGCCUUCCGGCGCCAGCCAGACCACCUCACAGACGGAAGGGCCCCGCGCCCCGCCCCCCACACCCACCGACACAGGCAGCCCUCCCAGCAGCUUGCCGCCAGGGGUGGCUCAGGCGACAUCCCCAGACGCGCAGCAGCCGCGGCAGCUGGCAGGUAGGGCCGUGACGCCUCCACGGCGCAGCCGGCUGGCCGUCGGGGCGUCGGCCUCCUCUCAGCCCGCGCCAGAAGGCGCGGCAUCCCCGGCACAGCCACCAGCCUCCUCCCCGCUGCCUCACACCCCCUCUGCCAGCUCUGCCAACGAGCCCCAGCUGACGGUGAUCCACGGCCCGUGGCCGCCGCCGCCGUCGCCGCCGCGCCAGAUAGCCUCGCCGCGGGGCCGCCCGCAGCACACCCGCAGUGGCAGCAACCUGGCCUCGGCGUUCUCCGACGGCCAGCAGGCGGGGCCCAGCUGGCGCCAGCUGGACGACGGCAGCUGGGCCAGCUCAGCAGAGGUGGAAUGGUACGAGGCAGAAAGCCGGGCUGAGGCUGCAGCUGCAGCUGCCGCCGAGGAGGCCAGCGCCGCCCUGCUGGGCUGCCCGCUGGUGGAGGCGGCCUCGCAGUCGCCGCCGCUAUCUCCAGUCACCACUCAGCUGCUGUCCAUGCGGCACCCAUCCACCGACCUGCGCCGAGGGCCCCAGCGUGCCGCCAGCCUCGGCCUGACCAAGCCGGAGCGGCAGCCCUCCCUCAUGUCCCCAGAGCGCCAGCACUCCCCGCUCCGCCUGCCAUCCGCACCCGCCAUGCCGGAGCCAGAGCCAGAGAUCCAGCCCGAGGCGGAGCCCUCGCCGCCCCUGCAGCAGGCAAACGGCAGCGGCAGCGACGCAGGCCGCGCCAGCCCCGGCGCCAUGCGCCCCCAGCGCAUGCAAGUGCUGAAUGCCUCGCCAGACGUCACCCCGAGCGGCCCGACCGAGCCCGGCCUCUUCCCAGCCGCCGCGGCGUCUGGCGGCGGCAACGGCGGCGGCUUCAGCUCGCUUGGGGGGCUGCCGGUGGAGCUGCUGGAGAAGCGGGAGCGGCGCAAGCAGCCUGCUGACCUGAGCCCACGAGAGGCUUACUCGGGGGAUGAGGCAGCCUGGCGGCGGGCCGACCUGCGCACGCCGCUGCUGGCCAUGCCGCUGCCGACGGAAAGCGAGGCGGAGGAGGGCCUGCCCGCCUCCUUGGCUGGCCACGCCAACCUGUGGGCCAGCACCGCCCUGCUGGCCACUCCGCUGCUGGGCGUCGGCCUUGUGGCAGCACCCCGCGUCUUUGCUCUGCUGGGACUGGUGGCGGGCAGCAUCAGCCUGGCUGCCACGGCGCUCGCCUCCUUCCUCUCCCUCUCCAUCCUGCUCCGCGCAAGCAGGCGCACGUCAGGCUACCUGCACGGCAGCAGCUAUGCCGCCGUGGCGUGGGCUGCGCUGGGGCCUGCUGGGGCUGUGGUCACCGACCUAUCGCUGGCGCUCAACUGCUUCGGCCUGAUGGCUGCCAGCCUGGUGGUGUUGGGAGACAUCCUGGUUGGGAGCGGCUCAGAGGGGUUGCUGGGGGAGUGGAGCGGCGACCGCGCGACUGUGCUGGCUGUGGUCGUGCUAGUGGUGCUGGCGCCGCUGGCGUCCUGCAGGGACCUGUCGGCCCUGGCGGGGAGCAGCGCCUUGGCCCUGGUAGCCAGCUGCAUGGCGGCGGCGGCUGUCCUGGCGCUCACGGCACUGGCCGCCAGCCAGCACGCCCUGCACCACCCCCGCGCCUGGCCCGCCUGGCCCGAGCUGGGCGCCGGCGGGGCGGGCUGGUUCCGUAGGGCGGCAGAGGUGCUGGCGGUGGUGCCGAUGCAGCAGGUGCGACCCAGCACGACUGCCCGCGCCCACAGAGCCAGCGGGCUGGCUCUGGCCUACGGCUCCGUCCUGCUGGCGCUGCUGGGGAUCUGUGGUUACGCACUGUUUGGCAGCGGCGUGCAGCCCGAUGUGGUGCUGGAUCUCAGCCCCGAGGCGCUCGUCUCCCUGGCGGGGGACCCCUUGGGCCGCGCCGCCUACCUGCUGGUCCACCUGGCGCUGGCGGUGUGCCUGGAUGCGCUGUGGCGCGUGCUGUUCUGGCAGCCGCUUGUGGGCAGCGCGGGGCUCUACCUCGUGACUCUGCUGGCAGCGGUGGCGGCGCUGUGGGCCAGCCUGGCCCUGCCGCCAGGCUCCCUGUGGACGCUGCUCAGCCUGCUGGGUGGCAGCACGGGCGCGCUGCUGGCCCUGAUCCUGCCUGGCCUGGUGGCCGUUCGCCAGGACGGCAUGGCGCAUACCUGUGGCGGUGCAAUGCUGGUGGUGCUGGGAGCCGCCCUGGCCAUCGCCGCCAUCCUGCGCCUCGCUUUCUUCGCGGCCUGA